ACCACUGACGAGGUUUCUACACAGUCACGUCUCCAUCCACACCGCCAGCUGCGUGUCGGCCAACUUUAGGCGGCAAAAACCACCCUUCCCAACAUUGGUCAGGUCAGGCACCAUGCCCAUUUGGUUCCUUUGUCAGAACCGUCAUCGCCAUUGAAUUCCAUCCAGGGCAAGCUACUUUGAAACUACAUCGGGUCGUCUGCGUAGUGUUUCCCUCUUCGAUACCGUUGCUUCACCACACUCGGAGGUGGAGAGUAUCACACUCCUCUACGGCAUUUUUUCUCUGAUCUUCCUCUCACUUAUUUUUUUCUCCCCGCAACCCAAACCUUAAUGGCCUCAUCAAUAAUAUCCGGAUCCUCCGCCGUUACCACACCCUCGACGGUACCCUCAACUUCCGCCGUCACACCCUCUACACAGCAGUCUGCGUCGCAGCUUUCUGCAACUACAAACGUGGCUAGUACCUCAAGCUCUGCAACGGCCAGUCCGUCAUCUCCUUCCACCUUCUCCGUCAGCACGUCCGCGCAAUCCACGAUGUCAUCUACCUCUAAUGUCGUCACGACGACUUCCAAUCCAGUCACUUCUCAGCCUGUUACCACCUCAACAAUACCUCCUACGUCAUCGAGUUCUUCAACCGAGCAGACGUCCGUUCUUACGACAUCCUCAACAAAUUCUCCCAGUACCACGUCUACCACACCUGUAUCACCUUCCACCAGUACAUCCUCCUCUCCAAGUAGUUUGUCAAGUACUUCCUCAAGCACAUCCCCAAGCACUUCGUCAUCCCCUUCACCAAGCACGCCAGCGGAGACGCAAGAAACUAGUAGUUCACCUCCAGCAGCAACGAGUAAUCCGGUAGCUACUGUGACAGGACAUACCACGAUAUUUGUCACGACUACCAAUGUCGAGGGUCAGACGAUAACCAGUGUUCCGGCAAUAGUGACCCAAUUGUUCACAUCGACCAACGGGGCUGGUUCUGUCACGACAGUGACUCAAGCUGUGGUGAACCCGACGCUUGCUUCGAACAAUAGCACGAACGAAGCCUCUUCUUUCUUUUCAAAUACAGGCGCCGUAGCGGGUGUUUUUGUUGUCGUUGGCUUAGCCGCGGCCUCCAUAAUACUCUGGAUUCUUUUUGCACUCCGCCGACGGUAUCGCAUGCGCCAGAUUGAACACGAUAGCGCAAUUCAGGCUGCUGUCGCCGCUGCGGGUUUCAAUCGAGUUCCACUAGAUGAUGAUGACGAUGGGCAUGGUAGAACGCCCUAUUCGCAUUCGCAAUUCUCCACGGAAAUGGGCCAACGCGGGAGUUACACAUUCGGUUCUUUGCCAAGUGGACCGCCAGUGCUUGACGACGGUCAAGGAGGUUUUAACCCCUAUGCGGACUAUCCUUCCUCUCGACAGGGACCUAGGCACGCUGGCGGUUACAUACCCACACGCACUGCAAGUCCUCCUCCUGGUGCCGAACGACCCGCACUCUCCGCUAUGGGCACGGACGAAUUUGGCUCUAAUCGUGACCGCAAAAGUUCUUAUGGUCAUACGCCAACAUAUAGUGCUGGUAGUUUCGAACCCUUACUGUCUGGCUAUGGACAGGCCUCUGAGUCGGCUCCGAAUGCCCCCCCUACUCCCCCACCACGGAAUCCACAACGACUCGUCGACGCGUCCAGCGCACCCAAUCGAGGUUCUCGCGUCCUUGACGAUGAGUCUUCGAAUAGAAGCACGGAUGACCGGCUUGAUCCGGAUAUACGCAAGCGAACAAGAUCGAAUAGUCUGGGGACUGCUAACCUCAGGGAUGACGAGGAUUAUAGUCGUCCCGUUCUAACAGUACGUGGUGUCUUCUUCAUGCAGUUUAUGUAUUGAACAUCCAGCAGGUCCGCAAUAUGCCUGAUACACUCAGUGAACACUCGAUAUGAUUUUGCCCUCGUAUUUAUGCAAUCACCCAUAUACUCUCACUCAAAACACACUCCCAUCUGCAUCACGAUGACAAAUGCAGGAGGCCAGAUGGACAUUCUUUUGAA